AAACAGGUUAAGCAGAAAGAAAUAGCCUGGUUGGAAUCAGGUGGGGGUCCCUUCAUUAUUCUGGGACCAAGAGAAGACCAGAUUCCUUCAUGUCCACAUCAGUUACCUCAGAGACAGCACCAAAGCAUCAGAACCCAAGGAAAAAGGGUGGGAAGAAGAAGGUGCCAGCAGAAGCUAUGACAGAUCAACAACCAAAAAAUUCAUUUGUCUCCACAGAAACUUCCUAUAGGCAGAAUGAUACAGAGAAAGAGGUCCCAGAGAGCAGCCUGUACUUGGCAGAAAAUGGUACAUGGUAACUCACUCUAGACUCCUUUGUAGAUAAGUGCAAAGGGGGUGGGGGGCCAGUCCUCUCAUGUCCUCAGAUGUUCACAUGCAAAUUCAAGGUAUAUGGGAAAUUUAUAGGAGCCCACAUGGCUCAGGUUGGUUCCUCCAAUGAUCACAUGGGAUCUUCUCUCCCUGCAGCUUCACAGGCAAGCUCUAGUGAUGCCUCUGGAGUGGUCAUCUCUAAGCAGAGAACUAGGAGAAAGAGGGGUCAGAGGAAAAGGAAAUUGGUGGAUGUGGAGACAGGUACAUGUCCUUCAUCUUCUCUCAUCUUUGUCCCUGCGAGAAGGGCCAGAUAUGGCAACAUCCAUGGUCACCUGGAUUUUGUUCCUGCAGUUGCCCAGAAAAGUAGCCUACAGGCCUCUAGCACAGCCCUCUCUGAAUCUGUCUCAGAGCUGAAGUUUUGCAGGAGGGGGAAAAAGAGGAGCCUAUGGACUGUGGACCAUAUCGAAGGGACAAAACUCUGGAUAAACAAGAAGAAAAGACCCAGUUACCGCCCUGAGGACCAAGAAGUCUUCUACCGACUUCUGGAAGAUCCUAUUAUCCAGAGCUUCUUGGCAGCUGAUAUUUUCCUCAAAGUGACUGACAAGUACCUCCUGUCCAUGGUGGUGGAGUACUUCGGUCGAGUCGGACUGCCUGGACGUCUCUAUAACAGGAUCCACUUCUUCCUGGCCCUCUACAUCGCCUGUGACAUGGAAGAGGAUGACUCCAUACCCAAGGGGAGCAUCUUUCAGUUCUUGCUGGGCAAAGAGACUUGGCAAGAUUUCUACAAGGAAUUUCUGAAACUGAAGAAGGAUUUCUUCCGGGCUAUGGGACACCGAGACUGGGUCACCCCAGAGUUGUGUGAGGAGAUCCAGAACCAGAACCCACACCACUGGGUGUGGAGCCGGGUACGCCAAGGCACCCCUUAGGUUCCCAGACCUGAGAACCAUCAGCAGGGUUGCAGAGCAUGGGGCUGCACUGGUCCAGGUGAGUCAGAUCCUGGCCAGGGGCUCGAAAGAGGUGAGUCACCUCUACCCUUGGGUCCCCGAAGCCACAUCCUGUGUUGUGUGGACACAGGAGGAA